AAAGGAUACAUUGGUCAUUUCGCGAAAGUCUAUCUUUCGAGAAAGAGAAGAAAUUCCACCUUUCCAAACCAGGGGCUUCCCGUUGUUAUUCCGCAGCACCUUUCCGUUCCUUACAAUUCCCAAUAUCCUCCGGUUCUCUUCUCGCCCAGGACUAGGGUUCUCUGUUCUCCUUCCAACGAAUAAAUAUCGAGAGAACCUAAAAGUUUUUUGCUUGUUAUCCCGAUCCGAUGGGAACCCCGGAGACAUCUAGAGAGCCUUGCCCGGACCGAAUCCUGGACGACAUCGGCGGUGCUUUCGGCAUGGGCGGUGUCGGCGGCUCGGCCUUCCAUUUCUUGAAAGGCAUCUAUAACUCUCCAAAAGGCGAGCGCGUAGUUGGUGGUUCUCAAGCGGUUCGCAUGAACGCUCCCCGUGUCGGCGGCAGUUUCGCCGUCUGGGGUGGUCUCUUCUCCGUCUUUGACUGCUCAAUGGUCUAUAUCCGCCAGAAAGAAGACCCGUGGAACUCGAUCUUCGCCGGUGCCGCCACUGGUGGGUUCCUCCAGAUGCGUCAGGGUUUGGGUGCGGCUUCGAGGUCGGCGUUGUUCGGCGGGGUAUUGCUUGCUUUGAUCGAAGGCGCUGGGAUCAUGCUUAAUAAGGUCCUCAGUGCUCCUCAGAAUUUUCCUCCAAUGAUAGAGGAUCCAUUGCCGAAUAUGGCUGGUGCCCCUGGAUAUCCAACGGUGCAGUUGCCGAGUGUCCCGGCGUCGCUAAAUACUUCAUCUGAGGGGUCCUCCUCCUCUUCUUCUUCUUCUUGGUUUGGGGGGUUAUUCGGUGGUAGUAACAAGCAGGAGAAGGGGCCUAGCAGUGGUGGUGGAAGCAAGACGGAGGUCUUGGAAAGUUUUGAUACGCCGAGCACACCCAUUCCAUCCUUUGAGUACAAGUGAGACUGAUCAUGGGGAUUCUUUAGUGGUGAAACAGGUGGUCUGAACCUGCAACUGAAAGGUGCCACACUUUUGUUUCUUUGAAUAACUCCCACCAUUCCCCAUUGCCCCACGCCUUAUUUAAUCACUCUUGACAUGCCCCACCCAGUUUGUUUAUUGGACCAAGUAAAUUUUGGUCCUAUAAAUCCUAAGUCCAUUAAGCCUCUUCCCAUCAUGAAAUCAUGUAGAUUUUUGGAAGUUUUUGAGCUAUUGCUUUGACUGUACCCCUCGUACUCUUCCCACCCUACCAGGUCAUUAAAAACCCCCAUUUUUAGCCACGGUAGGUUUCUAUUAUUACCUGGUAACCUAAGGUUUUCCCAAAACGCCUUCCUAUUUUUCUUAGCAGCUGAUCCACGGCACGGUAGGUUCCUGUUAUUCUAGUUCUGUUCUUUUUUUUUUUUUUCCUUGUAAAAUUUAAUAAGAUGAUUGGAUCUAUUUCCAAAGACGGUGAUGGUUACAUCUUUUUUAGAACAAGUCUUGUGGUUAAUGCGUUUUAUGU